CCAACCUUUCCUUUACCUUUAGCUUCCACAAUCUUCUCCAAGAUUUCAUCAUUGAUUUUCUCAUCAACAAUCACCACUUCAUCAUCUAAGGUAUUGAAUGUUAUGAGUGGAACAACGAAAACGCAUGGCGGAACAGAAAUCAUGGUACCAUUCAUCUCUAAUAACUAUACAAAACACAUGAUGUGGUUUAAAAGUAAAAAAUAAUAAUAAAAAAAGAAACAGGAAGUGCGUUUCAGAAUACGCACGUGAACCACAGAAGUAGCAAAGUAGGUGUGGUUUGUUAAGUGGUUGAGUGGUUAAGUAGCAAAGCACGUGAAACACAUAAUUUUUUUUUAUUCUUUCAGAAAUUUUGUUCGUGUAUAAAUAGAUAUGAAAGAGGAAAAUUUUGCAGACACAACUUCAAAGCAACGAGCAAAGGUAUGGCAAUAUAUCUGGGGUUUUCUUUAUUUCAGUUUAUUUUUUUUAUUUAAUUUCAUUAACAAUUUUUUGUCAUUUCAUUUUUUUUUGCAGGUGCACCUUGAAAUCACAUUUGAAUUUUGGAAAGGUACACCCAUGAAUCUUUAGUUUAUAAAUAUUAAUAAUUAAGUUUAAAAUAUAUAUUUUAAUCUUAUUUUCAUAUAUGAAACAAAAAACUGUUAUUUUAAAAAUAUAAUAAUACAAUAUAAACUACUAUAUAUUUAUUUAUCAAAACUUAAUUAUUUAAGUUAAAUUAUUAUAGAAAAUUUUUAAUUGCGUAAAAUAUAUUAAUGUUAAUUUUCUAGUUGGUGGUUGUUUUCUCAAAGUGUUUUUUAAAACAUUUAUAUUAAGUUCAUCAAGUUCUACUUGGAAGCAAUUGAAUUGCUUACACCAUUUCAAGUUUGUGUGUAUGAAUUUUUUUUUCAUUUCAAAUUUUUCUUUUUACAUUUCAUUUUCAUUAACUUAUAAAUAUAUGCAAUAUACAUAAUAUAAAAUAAUAUAUAUGUAAAGAUUUAUUUAUUGAAGUUAAAAAUGUACGCACAAUUUUAGUUGUGUAGAAUAUAUAAUGCAAAUUAAUGAUAAUUUUUGUUAUUAAUUAUAUUUUUACUGUUUAACAAACCCUAGAUUUUUAUGUGUUAAGAGAACUAUAUAUGUUUAUGAGUUAAUUUAUCAUAAGAAGUAUUGUUAAAAACAUGAUAGUGUUUACAUAAAAAUAUUUUUUUUAUUGUAGAUAAUGCUUUAUAAGUAACCAUAUUGAAACACAUAAUUUAAAAAAAAUAAAAAAUAUAUAUAUAUAUAGAUUCUAAUAGUGUAGAAUGUCGUCUAGUCAUCGAUGCAGUGCAAGUUCUUCCAGACAAAGAGGCCGAAAUGUUUCUAAUGAAACUAGAACAAGAAGCACGGACAGAUUCAAAUGGACAUAUGAACAAGAAAAAAAACUCAUUGAAUUGUUUGAUCAUGCAAUCUCUAUGAACAAGUAUACUCUGAAAGAUCCUACGGCUCUUGGCAGAGAUUAUAUCGUUGAACAAUUCAAUCUUGCAUUUAACAUGAAUAUAACUUACGGGUUUUUCAAAAAUAAGCUCGACGAAUUCAAAAAAUCAUACAAGAUGUGGAAGUUUCUGAUGAAAUCCACCGGUAUUUCGGUUGAUCCUGAAACAUCAAUGAUUAUGAUGAUUCACAUCCUUCAAAUGAAUUUACCCAUGAUGCAGUUGGAAUCAAUAUUGGAAGAGGUGAACAACGUGGAAGACGUGGGAGUAGUUCACACUCUAGUGGCAGACGAGGGGGUAGUUUGCACAGAUCAGGUGGAAGCUCAGGAACUAAUUUUGGAAGUGGUUCACGAGGAAGUCGGCGAAAACAAUCAUUUGAGACAACAAUGCAAGAAACUAUUACUGGAUUUAAAGAUUUUCAACGACAAAGUCUACAACAACUUCUUCCUGGUGCGUUUGAUCAAGAUGAUUACGAUGAAUGGAAAAAGGCGGAAGCGUUAUUCCUUGAUCUACAAGUUACAAAACAUACUAAAUUUUAUUGGAAAUGUCUUAAUACACUCCAAGAGUUAAAAUUUUGGCGUAAGUAUUUUAUUGAUAUAGCUUCAAACACUGACGAGGACAAGCUACAAUUGCUUGAAGCUAUGACUGGUGUUUCACGAAACAACGAAGAUAUUCCAAAACAGUUGGGUUUGGGACUAUAAUUCUGGCGGUCAAAGCUCACCAGGUUUAUGGGGUCCUGGAUUUCAACAGUGGGGAACACCACCAAACGCACAACAUUGGGGCACACCGCCAAAUGCGCAACAAUGGGGCACACAGCCAAAUCCACAACAAUGGGGUGUACAGCCUGGUUUUCAACAGUGGGGAACACCACCAAAUGCGCAAAAAUGGGGAACACCGCCAACUGGACAGCAGUGGAGCGCACCGUCAACUGCACAACAAUGGGGCACACCACCAACUGCACCACAGUGGGGCACACCACCGAAUGCUCAACAAUGGGGCACACCACCGAAUGCUCAGCAAUGGAACACACCGCCGAAUGCUCAGCAAUGGGGCACACCACCGAAUGCUAAUCAAUGGGGAACACCACCGAAUGCUCAACAGUGGGGUACACAAUCAAAUGUUCAACAGUGGGAUACACCAACGAGUGCUCAACAGUGGGGCGUCAAAGACCUAAUCAUGGAAAUAACAAAUCAGCCGGAACGAAUCCAACUCAUGUUCAAUAUGGAUUUUCGUUGGACGAUCAUCAUGAAGUUUCAGAUAGCGCAACAAAAAGAACUUCGCCUGAUACCCAACAACCACAAUCACUCGGUCUUGGUUUCACAAGUCGUUUUGAUUCUGGAAAAAAUUCACGACAACCCAGAACAGGAGGUCUGUUCAACAUAUGGGGAAACACACAAGAUAAUCAAAGUGAUGACGAAGAUGAAGAUUAGUUUGCUAUAACAUUAAAUAUGUUUUGUAUGUUUAUGUUUUCUGUGUCAUGUCAUUGUAAAAUUUAAAUUGAAAUGUUGCUUAUGGUUUUA